AUGGUCGUAAUGAUUUCAAGAACAUUAUCCGAAAAGGAAUUACAUUCCAAACUAAAAAAGAUAUUCACAAAGAUAGGAUGUCUGGACAAGGCGCAAGAGGGCAUCCGGGAUUUAUACGACCUUCUCCUAGAACACCCAGAGUGUGACUCAAAAGUAAACGCAUUCCUUGAACAUACUGGAAUAUUUUUCCGCAGAUACAUACGAAGCGCAUUGGCCGAGAUAACGACCGUAGAAAUGAAAAAGUGCGGAUUACUCCCGAGUACGCCUGCACCCAUCAAAAGAGAAGUGCGCACAGUACCGUUUGAUGAUUUAUCGAGUCCGGCAGAAAGUCAAAGUGAUAGUGACAUCACUCUCACGGGAAGUUCCGCUCCAUCGACCCCCGGGACACCCGGUUCACCUGCCGUAACUGAAUUACCCCAUAUAGGAGGUUGGUAUAUUCUAGUCCGAGACAUUAUACUGAAAAUUGAAAUUAUCGGUUAUCGUCAAAACAUACUGAUGGGGUUGUGCAUCACAUCAACAAUAGGAUUCAAGGAUAAAUUCGCCAAAGAAACGUUUGAACAAACACGUUCUCGGCUACAUUCAAUAUUCCAGUAUGAAAAGUACAAGAACGGACAGCGGAGGUCUAGUCUUCCAAACAUGUCACAAAACGACGCUGAGCGUCUUGCAUAUGUAAAAGACAUUAUAAAUUCAUCUUCGCAUAUACGACGGUCAUCGUGGAAUCAUACACCAUCUCCACUUAUACCGACAGAACGAUUCGGGUCGAUACCCAGCAGAAAAUUCAAACAUAUUAAUUUGGAAUAA